AUUUAUAUUGUAUUAUGAUACGGUGUAAUUAAGUUCCGGUAUGAAGCAGAAUCCGGAAUAAGCGAAUAUAUUCCUAUGCGAAGCAGAAUAUAAUAAUGGCUCUCUGAACCUGAGCACGCUUCUUAGUGUUAAGUCAUUAUGAUUCGUUACCGCAAAUUUUUCCGAUGGUCUAAAGAAAUCGACACUCUUCUACCAGAAUGUUACAAACGUUGGUGUCAAGAAUUCAAUGCAAAAGAACCAACACCAGUCCACUGGAAGCCAGCAGAAGAAUACAUCAGUAAUCCUAAAAUUAAUGGUAAAAAACUGAAGGUUGUUAAUAAUUAUCCUUUACCUGUGAUAUACCCCAAGCAAAGUGAUGCUGGUUUGUGGGGUGGCGAAGGAUUGGUGUAUGGACUGAGGAAGAAGCGACGUACAUCGACCCGAACUCCUUUUCUCUGGCGUCCAAAUCUCGAGAAGCGGGCACUGUAUAGCGAAAUUUUAGAGAAAUGGUUGGAAAUAACAGUCACCCAGAGAACUUUGAUGAUGAUAGAUGAAGUUUAUGGUUUCGAUAAUUACAUAUUGAAAACACACGCCGUUGACUUGAAUUCGAACCUGGGUCUGCGACUAAAGAGACAGAUGUUGCUUGCCCUUGCCAGGAGGUCGUUUGCGAAGGACAACUUGCAGAAACAAGAGGAGAUCUAUCAGAGGUAUAAAGAAUUUGUCAUCUCCGAAGAGGAAGCCGAAUGGGUCGGUCUGUCAGUGAGGGAUGCUUUGAGAAAAGCGAAUGCUUUACGCAUAGCUGAAAAUCCCAUCGUUCCCCUGAAGGAAUUAUACACAAAAGAACUUAUAGAGAAAUUAAAAACUACCACUCUCGAAGAACCUAGUAGUGAACCGCCUCAAUCGUCUCUACUUUCUAAAUUGAACCCUUUUAAAACAGAUACUUGAAGAUUCUUUUUCCAUCUUAAUUCAUUACAAACACACACAUAACAAAAAAAAUAGAAAAAAAAACAAGAGUAUCCUCGCUUUUAGUGUCCUAAAUUCAACCAAAAAAGCCGACAGUUAAAAUCUUAUAAAUGCUUUCGACGUUGGUCACUCGGGGUUUCUACACCUUUCAUACGCUCCAUUCAACACCAUUAACAUCCCAAAUCGAGAGCCACGAGCUUAAUUAAAAAACUAUCCAAACUUCUCGGCAUAUAACAGCAAUGUCCAGCAUCUGUUUUGGUCAUUUUCACAACUGGAUGACCGACCAUGAAACGAAUUAUAGUUUAGAACAGUCAAAGCGCAAUCAAUUGACCAAUUUGAAUUAAGGACAGUAAAAGCGAGAAGACCCAAAUACAGUUUGUAUAGAAGAUAAAAUCUAUUGUUUUUAUAAUAAUUUCA